AUGUUCCUGGCCACCAUAGCCUGUGCCGCAGCGGCACCUGGCUUCUUCCUGGCAGAGGAACCUGACUACGUCCACCUGCCUCUCCACAAGUCUACCUUCACCUCCAGCAGCCAGACUGUGGACCACGGCAGCACGCACGUCCUCCACCCCAUCCCAGUGGUGCACACCGCACCCUUAGUCCACGUGCCAUCGUCCAUCAGCACCCAAUCCCACGAGAGGACCUCCUAUCACGCGCCCGCUGCUAAAACCACAGUGACCAACAGCAAGCAGAUCGUGGACCAUGGAAGCACCGCAGUCUACCACGCUCCCGUUCUCCACUCCUCGCCAGUGGCUUUCCACUCCUCACCAGUUUUGUACCACUCCUCGCCAUUUGUCGCCUUAAAGACUCCAGACUCCGCAGUCUCUCAUCACAGCUCCACAGUCCACGAGACGGUUCCCGUUGUGAACUCUUACCCGUUGUAUGCCUUACAU